AUGGCGUUGGGCCAGGAGGGACCCGCCAUCCCCGGGAGGGGAGCGCCACAGCCCUUCCCUCAUGCACUCAGUGAUGAGGAGACCACCCCAGGAAACUGCCAGAGGGACGUACCCCAUUGCCACCCUCUCACUGUCUUUCAGGCUUUGGGAACCAUCACUGCAGUGCCUGUCACAGGUCCUCAGGUCAGCUCCUUGCAGAGGUUGGCCGGGCAAGGAGCGGCAGUGCUACCUCAGGUUAGGCCAAAGACUCUGAUCCCAGACAGCCUCCCCGUCACCCCGGGCCGGGACCGGCCACCCAAGCAGCCCCCAACAUUCCAGAAGGCCACCGUGGUCAGCGUCAAGAACCCCAGCCCAGCCCUCCCCACCGCCAACAACACCGUCAGCCAUGUGCCAGCGCCCGGCAGCCAGCCCCAAGCCCUCACCGAGCCCGCUGCCCUCGCCUCUCCCCUGAGCAGCGCCGGGGUGGCCUACGCCAUCAUCUCCACCGCCCCCAGCAAUGUCACCGCCAUGGCCCCCAGCACCGCCGUGUCUGUGGUUAGCGACAGCAUCAAAGUCCAGCCCCUCCUCAUCAGUGCCGACAACAAGGUCAUCAUCAUUCAGCCUCAAGUGCAGACGCAGCCCGAGAAUACGGAGGAGCCAUCUCAGGGAGCUCAGGCCACCAAAAAGAAGAAGGAAGACCGGCCCCCGACCCAGGAGAACCCCGAGAAAAUCGCCUUCAUGGUAGCGCUAGGCCUGGUUACAACGGAACACUUGGAAGAAAUCCAGAGCAAGCGACAAGAGCGGAAGAGAAGAAGCACAGCCAACCCUGCCUACAGCGGCCUCCUGGAGACCGAGAGGAAACGGCUGGCCUCCAACUAUCUCAACAACCCCCUGUUCCUCACAGCAAGAGCCAAUGAGGACCCCUGCUGGAAGAAUGAGAUCACCCACGAUGAGCACUGUGCCGCCUGCAAGCGGGGGGCCAACCUGCAGCCCUGCGGCACCUGCCCGGGGGCCUACCACCUCAGCUGCCUGGACCCGCCCCUCAAGACGGCGCCCAAGGGCAUGUGGGUGUGCCCCAAGUGCCAGCAGAAGGCCUUAAAGAAAGAUGAGAGCGUGCCCUGGACGGGGAUGCUGGCCAUUGUGCACUCCUACGUCACCCACAAGACAGUCAAAGAAGAGGAGAAGCAGAAGCUGCUACAGCGAGGCAGUGAGCUGCAGAAUGAGCACCAGCAGCUGGAGGAGCGGGACCGGCGGCUGGCCUCCGCAGUGAAGAAAUGCCUGGAGCUCAAGACCAGCCUGCUGGCCCGUCAGAGAGGCACCCAGUCAUCCCUGGACCGCCUCCGGGCCCUCCUGAGACUGAUACAGGGCGAGCAGAUGUUCCAGGUCACCAUGACAACCACCAGCCCCACCCCGCUGCUGGCCGGGCCCUGGGCCAAGCCCUCGGUGGCAGCCAUGCACCCUGCCCUCCAGCAUCCCCAGGGGCACAACUGACCCCAAGGGACCUAUCUUCACACCCGUGGAAAGUUACUGGGACCCUGCUCUCACAUAGCCCGGGGGUUCUGUCGGCCUUAAUUCAUAAACACUAUGAGUUUCAGACAAAAAUAAACCAGACAGAGGAGAGGAGGGAGAAAGAGCCGGACAGAAGACCUAGUGCCAGGCCCCGGUUGGAGGGUGGGAGGGGACAAGGGUGUGUCGGGCCGGGGCGCACAGUCAGCCCGAACCUCCGGCCACCUCGGGACCACCCAGGCCUCUGGCUUCCAGGCCCAGCUCUGUCCACGGCCUCGCACCGCCCCAAGAGAGAGGGAGGCUGAGACUGUCGAGGGGACAGGCACACUGCCCAGCACG